AUGGAGAGCGCUGUGUGUGGAGCCCGCUUCCCCCUCACCCGCUACAGGGGAGAGGGCUGGGUGUGGAGAGAGAAGGGACUUCCGGAAGUCCCUGUGAGCCCCCGGCUACCUCUCCUCGCUGUGGCGCUGGAGGUCCUCGCUUCCCCUCCUCCCCGGCUACAGGGGGCGCUGUGUCUGGGAGUCCCGCUUCUUGUCCUCAUCCGGCACCACUGGGGCGCUGGGGCCGGGCCCGGCGGGCGGGCUCGGCGCUGUGUACAGGUGGAUGUGUUCCUCUACGUCCUGAGCUGGCUGUCGCUGCUGCUGUGUGUGGUCGCCUUCAUCACCCUGGGCAUCGCUGCAGGCCUGUACUACCUGGCGGAGUUGAUUGAGGAGUACACUGUCAUCACCAGUCGCAUCAUUAAGUACAUGAUAUGGUUCUCCACAGGUGUCCUGGUGGGUCUCUACUUCUUCGAGAGCUUCCCCAUGCUAAUGGUCGGAGUGGGACUCUUCACCAACCUUGUCUACUUUGGCCUCUUGCAGACUUUCCCCUAUAUCCUGUUGACGUCUCCUAAUUUUAUACUAUCCUGCGUGCUGGUGGUCUACAAUCAUUACCUGGCAUUCCAACACUUUGCGGAAGAAUACUAUCCCUUCACUGAGGUGCUGGCCUACUUCACCCUGUGCCUCUGGAUCACUCCUUUCUCUUUCUUCGUCUCGUUAUCCGCCGGAGAGAACGUCCUUCCGUCCACGAUACAGCAUGGAGACGAUGUCGUGUCGAAUUACUUCACCAAGGGGAAGCGGAGCAAGCGGUCUGGAAUCCUGGUAAUCUUCACCUUCGUCAAAGAGGCCAUUCUGCCCAGCCGACAGAAGAUAUACUGACCUCUCCUCCUCCUCCUCCUCUCCUCCCCUGAGCUUCGACAGCAGAGGGCAGUGUCCCGCAGAGCCAGAUCCAGAGGAGGGGAGGAGGCAGCAGCAGACUCGAGGCCCGAUGCAAGACCUGGCGAGCAGCUCCUUCCCCUGGGACACUCACCCUGGAGAUCAUGUUUGGGAAUCCUCCUCCUCCUCCGCUUGACCGAACUGCUCUCUCCCACUCCCGGAGAGGAGAGGAGAGGAGACUCGUGCGGAAUGGUUUUCCGCCUUGUUUUUGCACGGAUUGCUUUUUGGGGGGGUAAUUUUCGGAGGACUUUGAAGGAAAAUGAGAGAGGAAAGCAGAUCUUGGCUCCAUGCGGAAGGUGUGUUGGACUUGCCCGGUGGCAACGCGCUCUUGUAAAGGGGUCACUGUGGGUGAUCGCUGUACACUGAUGCUUCCAGUAAACAUGGCCACCAUCAA